GAUACGGGGCUCGUGGACAUAGACGCUCGUGGAGUCAGUCUGACCAAUCAGUGCGGCUCUCGGCACGUCACGUGACGACGUCUGCACGCGGGAGUCGUUCCACGUGAAUCCUUGUUUACAGCAGCAGUAACUUUUUAUUAUUAUUAUUUUAUUUUGUGGUGUUUGUCGUGACACAGAGGCCACGCUGAACAGGUGAGUCAGACUCAGGUGACAUGUUGAGCUCCAAGCUGCUGACCCUGGUGCUGGUGGUCCGGCCGGGCAGAGUGCUGCUCGGCAUGAAGAAGAGAGGCUUCGGGGCUGGGAAGUGGAACGGCUUUGGGGGCAAAGUUCAACCUGGAGAGACCAUCGAGGAUGCUGCAAGGAGAGAACUGCAAGAAGAAAGCGGCCUCACGGUGGAUGCUCUUGAGAAGAUCGGAAAUAUAAAAUUUGAAUUUGUCGGAGACACACAGCUCCUUGACGUCCAUGUUUUCAGAGCCGAUAAUUAUAAUGGAGAACCAACAGAAUCAGAGGAAAUGAGGCCCCAGUGGUUUGAUUGUGACAAAAUCCCUUUCAGUCAAAUGUGGGCAGAUGACAUCCUGUGGUUCCCCCUGAUGCUCCAGAAGAAGAAAUUUGUUGGGUACUUUAAGUUUCAGGGUCAUGAUGUGAUCCUCAGCCACAAGUUGGAGGAAGUGGAGGAACUCUGAGAAAUCUCAGGGGAACUGCGAACUUCUGAGGAAAUGUAUGUAAAAGCGUCAGCCUUCCACAUUUCUUCUUAAAAUGCUGAAGUUAUCUGUAUAUACUGUUUUUGACUUCACAGAAUCACUGUACUGUAUAAACUGUACACGUUUACAUAUAAAAACAAAAAAUCAAAGCAGCAGUACAAAGAAAUAUCCAUUCUGUCAUUUUAUUUUUCAGGAUAACUGAUUUUAACACAAUUCAGAAAUGAUUUCUUUGAUAAAAUAUUUACAAUAUCUACAGAAAUAAUUUCACUGGGUUUCAUAUUCUAUGUUAAAGUUAUCUUGAUUCCUGA